CAGCCUUACAAUGCAAACAAUCUAUAGACACUGACCUCUCAGUUGUCGAGAUGAAUCCAGCUCAAUUUUAUCCACAAUAUCAAGAUGUUGACAUUAUCAUGAGUGAAACAAGGUGAAUGGUCAGUAUAAAACAGAUAAAUACUGUUCACAGGAUGCCUCAAGGCAGCAUUCUAAACAAGGCUGCAGACAUAUCCACUUUUCAGUUUAAUUCAAGAGAUAUUGACAGCAACCAUCAGUGUGUGGCGGACUGUGAGUCUCCCAAUUUUAAGCUUCCUACACAGUUGAACAAAUCUAGACAGACCACAGAAUCAUUCCAGCCCGGACAAGUGUGAUUGCAUCACCUAGAAAGCAGGGUGCAGUUGAUGAUGGGUGUCACCCAUCCAGAUCCCUGGCUAGGACCCCUCUAUCCACACUCGGCGAGCAAAUACAGGCCACGAUGACGAGAGGGGCUAUCCCCAGGCCAUCCCCCAAGCAGCCGGCGUAUGACUAACCUUUCACGUGACUCCAGUCCUCCCAGCUAAGCUGUUCAAGCUUGCUCAUUGGCUCGGAGUGAGCCAUGUAGUGGGGUCCCAAGGCUCUCGAGCCUCAAUUCCUCCCCACGGAUGCGAAUGGUGCAUCACCACUUUGGCCAUCGCAACCCAACCUCAGCGACGCGACUCUUUUUGCUUCCUUUCACGCUCCGAAUCUCACCUGGCGCAUUGUGUUCAACCUUGUGCUCUGGUGAAUACCUUGUCUCUGGAUGUCAAUUCACUGAGCAGACCCGGCCACAGCACCCCUGUUUAUGCCUUGUCGCUUUGCUCUCCGUUUUGGAAUUUGUCUUUGACGACAUCAUGAUAGUUUUGCGAGCUGCUACACCUAAAUCCACAGAUCUCUCGUUCUCUUAGUGGUAAGUCGCACAAACUCUCUUGUCUUUUUGAUCUUGAUUUUGAGUUACUGGGGGCUUCUUGUCACGAUUUCUGUCCCUGCAGUCCAUCUCUACAGCGGCAGCUGCGGCCACUGCCUGGACUCAUGGAGGCGAGAGAGAUGCCGGGCAGCUUCCUUGCCACACCACUCUAGCUACGAUGAUCCUAUGAAGCGGGAGGGACCACUCACUCUUUCCCUUCUUGAGCUUCUCAGGCCCAUCUCAGUCCUUGGGCUUCUCCCUUCUCUCACCCUACCUUGCUAUCUCCAACAUCUCUUCCUCAGCAUCUAUUUGCCUCACUUCAUCAGAGACCCAACUCCGAUGCUGACCACGACCUAGUAUACAGCUAUUUCUCUUAUUUGAAACGAAGACGGACUAGUUGUUCAACAUGUCUUUUUUCGGCUUCGACCCUACACGCCCUGCUGGCCAUAACACGGCGGCGCCAGGCUUCUCUCAGACCCACGAUCCUUUCGCCGGCCUUUCGCGCGGCGAUGCCGAGGACGACGACGCUGUCGAAUUCGACGAUACGUAUGAUGGACUAGGCGAUCAACUCGAGGAAAGCGGCGAUGCUUUCAACGACGAUACUUUCGGAGGUGGUGGCCCGACUACCAUCUCGAAUGCCCCUGUCGGAAAGGACUUCGACUUCUUUGGCCAAACGGCAAAGGUGUCUGACGCCAUCGAAGAGGAGCAGGUCCGCUACAGCCGUCAAGUUCCUGCCGCAAAGCCUGCUCCUGCUCCUGCGCCCGUUCAGCAGCAUUAUCAGCAAGCCCAACAUCCGCAGCAAUACUACUACCCCCAAAGCCAGCAGGCCCCCAGACCUGUUCGCACUGGCUAUGAGAAGUACAAGGAUGCGGAACCCAUUCCCGACCUGCACGUCGACGCGUCGCUUUGGGGCAUGCCUUCCAAGAAGACCGCUAUCCCCGAGCCUUCCCCGAAGCCGCAGGCUGUUCCGUCCGCCAGCAGGAAGGUCAUGAGUCUGGAAGAGGUGGAGAAGGCAAUGCGAGAGCAAGCCACCCAACGAACCCCUCAGCCAGCUUUCUCGGAAUCCGCGCCGCCUCCUCAGGGCUACCCAGGGCCUGAGUACGGCUACGGACGGCCCGAGCCUGCCCAACAGCAGUCCUUCCAUGGUGUUGAACAUCAUCAACAGCGCGGUGGCCAGCCUCAACAGCAUCCUGGCCAUGGACAUCCCGUACAGAUUCUGCAGAGACCUCAGUCUAUUACCUCCAAGCCGACCCCGCCCGUUCAAGGAACUCCCAGCCCGCUUGCUCAGCCUCCUCACUCCCAGGCCCCACCUUCGCAGCCGACUCAGAUUCUUCAGAACCCCAACAGACUCUCAGGUGAUGCCGCACGGCUUGGCGCUCAUGGCCCUCAAGCUCAUCACCCGGCCCACGGCCACCAAGGACACCGUUCGCAAGGUUCCAUGGGACGGGUUCCAUCCGCUAAUCAGCAGCAGCAGCAACAGCAGCAGCAUCUUGCACACCUGUCAGAGGACGAGAAGGCCGCUUACCUUGACCAAGAAACCAAACGUGCUAAGCGCAAUCACAAGAUUUGGCUCCUGUCCAAGGAUAAUGGCCUUAUGACACCUCAAGACAAGAAUUUCGUUACCCGCAUCCAGCUGCAGCAACUGGUCUCGGCCACUGGCAACCCUAUUGACAACACCAACGACGAUUCGUUGACUGAGGAUUUCUACUACCAGGUCCUUAGCCAGAUCCGUGGCGGCCAGCGUCAGAACCCCAACCAGCCGUUGAACAACUUUGCUCAAACCUACCUCUUCCAAACCGGCAGCCGCCAGGGCAACAUGAGAAGACAGGGACGUGCGGCCGAAAACCAUGUUCAGCGAAUGGAGCAGCAAGUUCAACGUGCUGUCGAGGCUGCCAAGAACAAGCCGAAGAACCCCCAGCUGGUCAUCGCUGGUAGUCUCGGAAAGAUUUCCUUCAGCAACGCGAAGACGCCCAAGCCCCUCCUGAACAUCAAGCGAACUGACAGCAGUGGAGAUGCCAACCGUCCUGGUAACGGCAAGCGUCACGGCGAGUCGAACAGCCUGGACCGCAAGGCUAUCUUGCGAAACAUUGAGAAGGUCUACAACACCAUUAUGAAGAUGGAAGAUCAUGCCCGCUUCAUUCCCCCUCCUCCCACAAAUGGAAACGACGAAGAGUUCCAUGCCAAGCACCAGGAGUGGUUGGAGACGGCUCAAGCCUACAAUGCGCAGCUCUGGAACGAUCUUAAGGUCCAUGAGCCUAUUGGCGCUACUACCCUCCACCCCUUCAUUGCAUUCCUGUCCUUCCCCAAGGGCAAGAAGGCCAUUCCCCGCGUCUUCCGCCACAUCAGCUUCGAACAGCGCACCACGAUUUUGACCAUGAUCAUUAUCCACCUGGACCAGCUUGAUGUGGUUUAUGGAGCUCAGACCACUGACGGCGAGGUCAGCCUCAACGCUGCUAUGCGUGAGAGCAUUGAGCUUUUCUCGGCAGCCGUCAUGCCGAGCCUGUUUGCUUACUUCAACGAGACGGAGUUGGACAUUGUGACGGGCGUUCUUGGUCUUAUCAGCACCAAGUUGAACAUUGAUCUCAUUGCCAAGACUCGGGUUGGAUGCUCAAUGCUGACUCUCAUUUUGAGCCGAGCCGAGCUUCUGAAGCAAGGUGGCGGAGGUAGCCCUCAGCUGUGGGCUGAGUGGGAACAAACCUUCAACAUGUUCUUCAACAAGCUUGAGCCCACCCUCCACCACAUCUUCCCCGGCAGCGUCAACACCGGAGAAGACGUUGUGGUUUGGCAGCUCCUCGCUGCGGUUGGUGUCAGUGCCAACCCUGAGCAGCAGCAACGCCUGGUCCUUGCUGUCAAGGACCGCGUCCUCGACACCGUUGCGCACGCAAAGACGCUCCCGGGCGCCAUGGCAACUACUCGGUUGGCCACUGUCAACCUCUUCAUGCACUCCAUUGGUUUGGAUGUCGAAUUGCUUCAGUAAGGGGAUAUAUUAGUGGAAGAGAACGUGCAAUCGCGGCGUUCAUUGCGCCAUUCGCGGUUGGAGCGCAUUACAAUUGACUGAAGAAACGCGUUGGGAUGCUUGGGAUAUAAAGGGUCUUACGACGCAUGGCCCGUGAUUUUUUGAGGGCUUUGGGGCCGCUGCUGGGCUGUAGUACUGGGACUGCAGUUUGAUGGAGGCUUCAACAUGCGACGAUGGCUUGUCCCGUGGCAAUAUGCACAAACAUAUCUUGUGUACAAUACGCACACGACUCUAUGAGAUGGCGCCGCCAUAUGAGUAUCAGGGGUGGGUCGAGACCAGUCUUGCUAGUUAAAGC